GUGAGCCGGUAUCGUGUGUUUAAUCGUCACGGAGUCCAAUUUUCUACAAAUAAGUCCAUCAGAGGUAUCAAAAGGAGGUGAUAACUUUACUUCACUUCCCUUGAAGUUAUUUGUGCAGCUGGUUGUCCGUUCCGCCGGGAGAAGCUGCUGAUUGAGCCACCUGAGCGCUGUAUGUGCGGCAACAACAUGUCAGCUCCCUUACCUGCCAUCGUGCCUGCUGCCCGCAAAGCCACCGCGGCGGUCAUAUUCCUGCACGGCCUUGGUGACACUGGGCAUGGCUGGGCAGAGGGCUUUGCAGGCAUCAGAAUACCACAUGUGAAGUAUAUAUGUCCACAUGCCCCUACCAUGCCAGUUUCUUUAAACAUGAGGAUGUCCAUGCCUUCCUGGUUUGAUAUCUAUGGACUGAGCCCAGAUUCAGAUGAAGACGAGUCUGGUAUCAAGAGAGCAUCAGAGAAUCUUAAAGCCCUGAUCGAUCAAGAAGUGAAGAAUGGGAUACCAUCACACAGGAUCAUGCUGGGUGGAUUUUCACAGGGUGGAGCGCUGUCUCUUUACACGGCCCUAACUACUCAGCAGAAGCUUGCCGGCGUGGUUGCUCUAAGCUGCUGGCUUCCCCUUCGCAAAUCUUUCCCUCAGGCGGCUGUCAACGGUGCUAACAAGGACAUGCACGUGCUGCAGUGUCACGGCGAUGCCGACCCCCUGGUCCCGUUAUUAUUUGGCAGCCAGACGGCAGAGAAGAUGAAAACCUUAAUCAAUCCUGCCAACAUCACCUUCAAGACAUAUCGAGGUCUACCUCAUAGUGCCUGUCCAGAGGAAAUGGUGGAUAUAAAGCGAUUCAUAGAGAAGCAACUUCCUGCCAUUACUGAGGUGUAAACGUCAGAGUGACAGCUCACCUGCUCACUGCUGCUAAAGUCCUUUUGGGCUUGAUUCCAGUGAAAGUAGGUGGACCUGAGGUUGGAACUGACUUACUUGACAACAAAUCCACGCUGCUACUCCGUAGCUUGAGAUAAGACGGGGCUAUUAGCCUGGGAGAGGCACGAGUGAACAAUACUGCACCCUGACCUGGAGCCAUGCACACCCUCAGUGUUACAGCAGAGUAACAGUAGUUGCUUGAUUGUUAAGCCACUCACCAGUGAGACGAGCCAUUUCCUCCAAGAAAUGUAAUUUAAAAACUAGGGCUAUACUUUAUGGUUUAAUACUUGUCUCACAUCAAAUGGCCUGUUAAGUGUUUCUUUUUUUUGUUAAGGCUUAUUUCCUGUAUCAGUGCUCAAGGAUGUUUAUUUAUUGAUGAGUUAAGGUGUUUAACUAAGGUAUUUUAUCAAGCCAAUUAAUAGCAUUUCUAUUACCUCCAGCCUCUUAAAUUGAUACAUUUUUGUUCUGUUUCAAAUUAAUAUAAAUGUAGUUUUCAAAGACAACUUUAAGGUGUGAACUUUUGUAAUACCGUGGGUAUUUUUAACAACUUACUCAGAAAACUGACUUUUCGUCCUUUUUUUUGUCGCAACAAUGUGUAAGAUAUUUCUUAAUAGAUAUUCCAACAUGAAAUAAGUGCAAAAAAAACCCAAACAAACAACACUUAGGCAGCUUUAUAAGAAAGCUUUGACUAUUCAUGACAAAUGACAGCAAAAACAACGUGAUUGUGCUUUCAUUUAAUUUGUGAGAAUUCAAAUAUCUAUUUUACACAACUUUCUCUUUAAAUACACAAAUAUCAGUGGUCAUGUUCAUGUAUUCAGUGUAUUCAUCCCUGUUUUGAUCAAUUUAAAUAUAUGACUAAUAUCACAGUAUUGAAACACAGAAACAAGAUUGAUUUCCAGGUAUCAGCUCAUCAACUUGUACAAACUUUUUAUCUUUGAGAAGAGCUGAAAGCACCAACAUGUGAAGUCAUCGUUGCACCGUCCGCAGUAGACCAAAGGUGCUUGUGUACAAGAUGUUAUUCCAAGGCACUUUCCUUCUUCUUAAAUUACAGUUAAGUAAAAUCUACUAGUUUUUCUACAAGAACUGGAUAUGCAUUAAGGCUCACAAUAUACCUAAAUACAAAUGCAGUGCUCCACAGAUGCAUGCUUUCCUUCAUUAAACAAGGUAGAAAAGUGCAAUGUCAAGCGCUAGGGAAUAUAUAUAUAUGUAUAUAUAUAAAAAUAUAGAUAUGUUUUUUUUUCUUUUCUUUUUUUCGAACAAAUACAGUAACUGAUGCCGAACCUAACAUUUGUUCUUGUUUGCUCUGAGGGUAAGCUAAUCGUGGGUAAAUAAACAGCGGUUACAGCCGGGUACGAA